GCCACCUAACCGCCCGCCCUCCCGCCGCUCCGGAGCGCAGCCAGCAACCGGCCGAGCCCGCGUGACGGGCAGAGCGCCGCCGGCCUUCAGCGCGGUGGCAGGAAAUGACCUAGAGGCCUUACAUUUCUGCAUCCUAUAUAUUCUACAAUCAAGAAAAAUGAACCCUGAAAGCACCACCACUUAGUAAUAUUAAAAGGAAACUACCUCAGCACCAAGAAGCAAAAGUGGAAAGGCUUGCAAUAAAAAGAAAAGAAAACAUAUGUUAUGAAUAAAGUGUAGUAGCAAAGACUCUAGAAAAAUAUAUGCUUUUUUUCAGUAUUAAGAUGGGAUUUGACUGACAGGCUCCGUCAAAUCAAGAAGUUAUUUUGUCUGCUGAUGUUAAGACUCAGCGAUUCUUCAAGAACAGUCAUAGUCUGCAUUACUCAUCACUGUUGAGCGGUGAUUUUCCUUUCCCUUUCCUAAUACUAACUGAAGAAAAAUAUAACAAUGGUACUACUUUUUAAACAUGAGUUUUCUUCAAUUUAAAACAAUAUUAACACCAGGUGUCAGAAAUGGAUUGACAGAAAAACUACAGCAAAUGGCUUUUGUGUCUUGUACAUUGCAACAACAUUUUGGGUGCCCACUGUAGAAUGCUUAAGGAGGAAAUAGUACAAGUAGUUACCACCACUUGCUUUUGUGAUUAUAAUUUGUAAUUGCAGCAGUGCUGCAUUUGAACAGUGAAUUGUACGAGUCAGCAAAACAGCUGCCAUUUUCACUAUUGACACCUAGUACCUUGACUUUUUUUUUUUCAAAUGCCUUUUCUGAAAAUUAUGUGCAUGCUCCUCUACUAUUGCUACACCUAGAUGGAUUUCCAAGAGAGCAACUCAUGAGAAUGAAUUAAUUCAAAAAACCCUUGGCCAAGUACUUCCUUAUGUAUUGCUGCAGUGCACAAGAAAGUAAAAUGGACUAUAAGCGGCGCUUCUUGCUUGGCGGGUCCAAGCAAAAAGGGCAGCAACACCAGCAGUAUCAAGUGCCAGAACUGGGCAAGACUCUGGGCGCCUCCUUAGCAUCUUCAGCUCCAACCACUCCUCUGGUUUCCCUGGCUGCUGCUGGCAGCUGCAGUCAUGCGACUCCGGUCGCAGACCUCCAGCAGGGAAUCUCCAAAUACCUAGAUGCACUCAAUGUCUUUUGUCGUGCAAGCACUUUCCUCACAGACCUUUUCAGCAGUGUAUUCCGGAACUCGCACUAUUCUAAGGCAGCUAUGCAACUGAAGGACGUGCAGGAACAUGUCAUGGAGGCAGCAAGUCGACUCACAGCAGCAAUAAAACCAGAAAUUGCAAAAAUGCUCAUGGAACUUAGUGCUGGAGCAGCCAACUUUAAAGAUCAGAAGGAGUUCAGCCUACAGGACAUUGAGGUACUUGGACGUUGCUUUUUGACCGUGAUGCAGGUUCAUUUUCAGUUUCUAUCCCAGGCUUUGCAGAAAGUCCAGCCAGUGGCUCAGUCAUGCUUCAUUGAGGCUGCAGCCCAGGAAAGAAAAAAUUCUAGCAUGAGUGAGACAUCCAGCGCAAACCCCACAACCGAACUGGAUGAAGCAGUGCGGUCAUGGAAGGGAGCAACAGAGGCCACUUCACGGCUUCGAGAGAAAGAGGGAGGCCGUGAUGGCUGUUUGGCUGGAAUCGAAGUCCAGCAACUCUUCUGCUCCCAGAAUGUGGCCAUUCCAGAGCACCAGCUAAAAGAAUUGAACUUGAAAACAGACAGUGCUUUGCAGGCAUAUAAGAUUGCUUUGGAUAGUUUGGGUCACUGUGAAUAUGCAAUGAAGGCUGGUUUCCACUUGAAUCCAAAGGCAAUUGAAGAAAGCUUGCAGGGCUGCUGCAGUGAAGCUGAAGCUCAGCAGACUGGACGGAGACAGACUCCCUCCCAGCCUAUUCAGUGUGAGCUGCCAACUGUUCCCAUCCAGAUAGGGGCCCACUUUCUGAAAGGAAUAUCCUUCAACGAAUCUGCAGCAGAUAACUUAAAACUGAAAACGCACACUAUGAUACAAUUAAUUAAAGAAGCUGGCUACCAUAAUGGAAUGACUCCAAGAGAUGACUCUCCUGUGACAGAAGUCCUGAAUCAAGUUUGCCCUUCUACAUGGCGGGGAGCAUGUAAAACGGCAGUACAGUUGUUGUUUGGACAAGCUGGGCUGGUGGUUGUAGACACAGCACAGAAUGAAAAUAAAGAAGCUUAUGCACCACAAAUCAGCUUGGAAGGCUCCAGAAUUGUGGUUCAAGUCCCAUCAACUUGGUGCCUGAAAGAAGAUCCUGCAACAAUGUCUCUGCUGCAGAGAAGUCUGGAUCCAGAGAAAAUGUUGGGACUGGUAGAUGUACUUUAUACUGCCGUGUUUGAUCUAAAUCGCUGGAAAGAAGGAAGGGAACAAGCGUUGCCCUACAUCCAGAUCCAACUCCAACGUGAGAGCUCUGACUUUGGAAGUCACACUGACUUACCAUCUGGAAACGGCAGUAAAGCAGCGGGGGGUUUGCAGAAGACUUUCUCAAAGUUGACAUCACGAUUUACCAAAAAAACUUCUUGUGCAAGCUCAAACAACAGUGGGAAUUACUCCAUUCCUAAUAUACCUUCUAAAACCCAUUUUAUAGCUAACAACUCAGAGGACAAAGCAAAACUACCAAGUAAUGCAGAUGUGCGACUGCAAAGUAUCUUGAACCUGGGCAACUUUCCGAGGGUUCUUGAGCCUGCCCAGCUGAUGCAGAGCUCAAACCACCACGGGGUCAAUGGCCUCCUUGAAAGGCCGGAGGGAGGCAUUGUGGAAGAUGGUAAGGAUGCCAAGGGCAUGAAUCUACCAACUGACCAGGAAAUGCAGGAGGUCAUUGAUUUCCUGUCGGGUUUCAACACGGGCAAGUCCCAACAGACUUCUCCGCUGAUGAGAAGAAGAACCUCGGUUGCCUCCUCCUCCUCUUCUUCUGCUGCAGCAGAACAGAAAGCGGCUGCUGUGCAGCUGCCGUCACUACAGUUGUCAUCUCACACCCCACUGCAUCACCUUCAGCCCGGACUGCCCCAGCAGCCCCAUCCCCAGAAACCCCAACAGCAGCAGCAGCAGCAGCAGCACUAUCAGCCCCUGCGCCAGCCCAUUGGGUCGCAGCAGCGCCUGCCCAGUAAGUGGUCAGCGGGUUCCAGCCAGCCCCCAGGCCAGACUGUUGGGCCAGGGCUGUCCUCGCUGCCUCAGUGGAGCAGCCACGCCUUUUCCGACCUGAGCCCGGACCUCUACAGCCUGGGCCUUGUGAACAGCUACAUGGAUAGCAUGAUGUCAGAGAUGCUGGGGCAGAAACCUCAAGGGCCCAGGAACAACACGUGGCCAAACCGUGACCAAAGUGACGGGAUCUUUGGGGUGCUGGGAGAAUUUCUACCUUUUGACCCUGCAGGCAAGUUCAACUGAUCGGGAUGUUGUUAUGUCACAGCAUAUUGAAUGUCUCCAGGUGUUUUUGAAUAUCAGGGCAUUAUCCUAAGCUAGCAGUCUCCUAUCUGAUCUGGGCAGCGUGAUUUUGAGUUUAACCUGAAAUUUUCUCUCCCCCUUUGAUCUGAAUUGCUU